AUGGCUUCUUCAGAAAUCCUUUCACAGACUCUUCUGUCAAUCACCAAUACCAAGCUUUCUCAGCUUAACAAGCAGAAAGAUGCCUACAACAACAGAAAGCAACUUCUCAUCGAGGGUGCUGAUGCACAGGCAGAUCACAUCAAGCGUGCUCGUGAGCUCGUCGAGGGAUUCAAAGAGCUGCCCAGCAUGAUGUCCUCAACUCCGAGCCCUUUGAUGCCACUGGAGAAUCUCAACCGUUUCAUCCAGCAAGCCCAGCAUGAUCCAGCCGUCACCGACACCUUUAUCCAAGAGUACGAGUCUCAGGCCCGCAACGAAUUGCAAGUCCAGUCCAACCGAUACGCAUUCGCUUCACUCUACGGACAGCUCGUCAAUGAGUGGAUCUCGGCGGGCAAGGCGCAUGAGAGUGAACCUGAAGCUGCCUCCACGGCAGUGGGCCGCGAGGAAGCCCGUGUUCAACGAGCGACGUGGGAAGAGUAUGUCUUCGCUGCCAAGUCUACAGACAAGGAGGCGAUCAAGGAGUACUUGAGCUCCGUCUUUGAGGCUGAAGAGGAAGUCAAGGAUCAUCUGUCCCAGUUGAAGGACCACCUGAAGCUAUUCCAGGACAACUGGUCCUUCGGCCCGCACUUCAAUGUCGACAGUCUCACUGCAACGAUCAAGGGCAUGCUGCGAAGCGAUGUAUUGACAGAUUUGAAGAGAGCAACAUUGAAGGACUUCGUGGGGAAUGAGACAGUCUUGGAGGAGAUUGCCGAUGUCUUAAACGUACGAAUGGCUACUUUCAAGUCCUGGUCGUGGGAGAACGACCUGGUGAUCGACCAGCGGCGGCAGCUCAAUGGAAGAUACCGCUUUUAUCCCGACGAGGAUCUCCUCCAAUCUAUUUUCCUGCACUACAUCGGUAUGCGCUGGGCGGUGGAAUUCCAUGGGAGGUUUCGAGGGCUUCUCGACGUGUGGAAACCGAAUCUCAAACCCCUUGAUAGCAGAUCUCAGCGACGCCUGGACUUCUUCCUCGGCGUAUCAGACGGAUUGGCUGUCGGCGGAGUGGUUCCGGGGACAUUGGAGGCAGAAAAGAAAAGCCAUUUUGAGGAUGAGAUAUUCCUCGAUCAGUUGCCGAAGUCCUUCGAGGAGACGCGGGGGACCUACGGAUCGAUGGACGAUGCCGAGACGGCAGACACGAGGAAGAGUCACAUCAACGUCGUCCAGCACCUUCUCCACAUGAUCGAGGCAGACAUUCGUUUGCAGAGGCGUUUUGGCAAGGAUGUCACAGUCAUCCGAUCGGACUUCAAGUGGUUCGGUCCCAGCAUUCCCCACUCUUCCAUCGCUGCUGUGCUCGAAUUCUUCGGCGUCGGUGCAGACUGGCUAGAAUUUUUUAAGAAGGUUCUCGAGGCCCCCAUGAGAUUCAAGCAAAACCCGGAGGGUGGCCCUAGUCGAAUUCGCAGGCGUGGCACCCCUUUGAGCACUCCGCUUGCGGAUGUGUUUGGCGAGGCGCUGCUAUUCUGUGUGGACUUUGCAGUCAAUCAGAAGGCCGACGGUGCUCGCUUGUACAGACUGCACGACGACAUGUGGCUCUGGGGGGAUACGGAGGCUUGCGUGAAUGGUUGGGAGGUCUUGGGCAAGUGUGCGAAUGUUCUCGGUCUCGACUUCAAUCUCGAGAAGACGGGCUCGGCUUCGAUUCUGCAAGUUGAGGGGUCGUUGGACUCUGGUCUUGCCUCAGGUCUGCCCGAGGGCGAGGUCACUUGGGGUUUUUUGAAGCUUGAUCGACACACCGGACAUUUCGUCAUCGACCAGGACGAAGUUGAUAAGCAUAUCGAAGAGCUUCGGGUCCAGUUGGAUGCGUGCAAGACUGUCUUUGACUGGAUCCAGGCGUGGAACACUUACGGGGCACGUUUCUUCUCCAACUUCUUUGGCCGGCCUGCGAACUGCUCUGCCAGGGCGCAUGUCGACAGCAUGCUGGAGACCUUCCAAAGGAUACAGAAAAAGCUGUUCCCUGACACCCCGGGCGGCGCCGGAGCUCAUCUGAAGAACAUGAUCGCGCAACGCUUCAGCAUCCCGUUGUCGGAUCUUCCAGAUGGAUACGUCUACUUCCCACCUGAGUUCGGAGGCCUGGGCCUGAAGAAUCCUUUCAUCGACCUCUGUCUCAUCCGUGACGCAGUGGUGGAAGAUCCGGACAAGGAGGUCGAUUCGUUCUUCGAGCAAGAGGCAAGGGAUUGGCGGAAGGCCAGAGCUACAUUUGACAGUGGCGCGAUCCGGGCCAGGAGACCUUCUAGGGCUUAUGACUUCAACGAUCUCGAGGGCGAGCCAUUCAUGAGCCUUGAGGAGUUCCGCUCAUACCGUGAACGUCUGAGCAAGUCUCUCGGCCAUGUUUUCAGGGGAUUGGUGGAGGAACCCGGGUCCAAGAACCUGACGCUCAAGGGUGCGGUCAAGGCGGUGCUUGAGCCAUACCAGUGGAAUGAAUUGUCCAGUUAUGAUCAAUGGGUUCUUCAGUUGUUCAGCAAGGACAUGAUUGCGCGCUUCGGCGGUUUGGAAGUUGUUGAGAGAGGGCUUUUGCCGCUAGGUCUGAUGGGGAUGCUUCGCCAGAGCAAAUUCCAGUGGUUGGGCUGA